GUCUUUGAGAUCAAAUCGAUUUUUUAUAUAUCAAUUUCAAAGAAGUUGAUAUUAUGAUAAAAACAACUAAAUAAGGAGUUUUUCUUUCGUGCUAAGAGGUUUGAAUGGAAAUCGAUUGAAAGAAAUCCUUAGAACGUCAAGAGCUGCAGCAAAAAAAUUAGCGAAACGAAUCGAUUAAAAAAGAAGAAGAUUUUCAAUACUGGCAAUGAAUAUUGGAACGCAGUCUAAGGAAUAUCGGCCUAAAAAUGUGCGUCGAGCGUUAAUAUGAAAAGGCACCUUUAUUGACAACUUUGAUGCACAACAGUGCACACGUGCACUGUGUAUUAUCAAAAAUGUUGGCAUUUACAAAUUUUAGAUUAUUAGGGUAUCAGAAAUCAAUAUUUUUGAUUUGUAAAAAUUUGUAUAAAAAGAGGGAUGUAUUUUAUAUUAAAUUUAGUAGCGCGAAUAAUAUCGGAACGGAAAUUGUUACGUUAUCCGAUGGAAAACAGUUACGUUUCUCUACGGGUAAAUAUGCACGUUUUGCUGAUGGUAGUGCAAUUGUAUCUUUAGGAGAUACUUCUGUCAUGGUUACAACAGUUUGCGAACAUCAGUCAACUAACUCCUCGUUCCUUCCACUCGUUGUGGAUUAUAGACAAAAAGCAGCAGCAGCUGGUCGUAUACCAUCUAACUUUUUACGAAGAGAACUUGGACAAACUGAGCAUGAAAUCCUUACUAGUAGGGUUAUUGAUCGAUCUAUAAGGCCAUUAUUUCCAAAAGAAUUUUACUUUAACACUCAGAUAAUGUGUAAUAUGUUAGCUAUUGAUGGCAUAAACGAUCCUGAUGUAAUUGCCAUUAACGGUGCCUCUGCAGCUCUUAGUGUUUCCAAUAUUCCAUGGAAUGGUCCUGUGGGUGCUGUUAGAGUUGGAAUGAUCGAUAAUGAAAUAAUAAUCAAUCCUACUAGACGUCAAAUUCAAGAUAGUACAUUAAAUAUUAUUGUUACUGCGACUAAGCAAAAUCUAAUUGUUAUGCUAGAAGGUUCAGCUAAUGAAGCAUUAGAGCAAUAUAUAAAAAAGGCAAUAAAACUUGGUGUCAAAGAAUGUCAAACUAUUGUAACAGCAAUAACGAAUUUACAAAAGACGUGUGGUAAGAUGAAAAGAGAAAUUAAAACUAUUGAACAAGAUGAUAAUCUAAAAAAUUCUGUAAAAGAACUCUCGGAAGCAAAAUUACGAGAUAUAUUUUCAAAUCAUACACAUGAUAAGAUCUCAAGAGAUAAUGCAAUUAAUAAUCUUAGAAGUAAUAUUAUAGAAACAUUACGAAAUACCAAUGCAGACUUGAAUGAUAAAUUGGUAGAAAAAAUCUUUAACAAAAUUGUUAAAAAUGAAUUCAGGACAUUAAUUUUAGAAAAAGAAAUCAGAUGUGACGGUCGUCCAUCAAAUGGUUUACGUGAUAUAUCAUGUCAAGUAGAUCUCUUCAACCCUCUUCAUGGCUCAGCUAUGUUUCAAAGAGGUCAAACACAGGUCAUGUGCACUGUGACUUUGGAUUCUUUAGAAAGUGCACUUAAAAUGGAUGCCAUUUCAAUGCUACUUAGUGACACAAAGGAAAAGAAUUUUUUUCUUCAUUAUGAAUUUCCACCUUAUGCAACUAAUGAAACAGGGUAUAUGGGUCGGGUGGGUCGCCGAGAAUUAGGACAUGGCGCUUUAGCAGAGAAAGCAUUGCGACCAGUUCUGCCAAAGGACUAUCCUUUCACUAUAAGAUUAACUAGCGAAGUUCUAGAAUCAAAUGGUUCUUCUUCGAUGGCUACUGUCUGUGGUGGAAGUUUGGCAUUGCUAGAUGCGGGUAUACCAAUAUCUUCAUCAGUAGCAGGUGUAGCUAUUGGGCUUGUAACUAAAUAUGAUGAGACUGAUAUGAAUAUCGAAGAAUACAAAAUAUUGACUGAUAUAUUAGGAAUUGAAGAUUAUCUCGGAGAUAUGGAUUUUAAAAUAGCAGGUACCAAACGAGGAUUUACCGCGUUGCAGCUUGAUAUAAAGUUACCAGGAGUUCCAUCAAAAAUUAUAAUGGAAUGUAUACAACAAGCAACAAAUGCUAAAUUGGAAAUAAUUAAAAUCAUGAAUAAAGUGAUAUUAACACCGCGAGAAAUUAAGAAAGACAAAAUGCCGGUUGUUGAUAAUAUAGAAAUUCCUAUUCAUCAAAGAGGAAAAUUUCUUGGAAUUGGUGGAAUGAAUCUAAAGAAGAUAUUUUUGGAAACUGGAGUGCAUAUAUAUCCUCAAGAUGAGAAUAUCUACUCAAUAUUUGCGCCAAAUAAAGAUUCUAUGACUGAAGCCAAAAAAAUGAUAGAAAAUAUUUUACAAAAAGAUCGUGAGCCAGUCUUGGAGUUCGGUGCCAUUUAUACUGCAAAAAUAGUGGAAAUUCGAGAAAGUGGAGUCAUGGUGACGUUAUAUUCCAACAUGAUACCGACAUUAUUACCUAAUUCUCAGUUGGAUCAACGCAAGAUCCAUCAUCCUAAUGCUCUAGGGCUUGAGGUUGGUCAAGAGAUGCAGGUUAAAUAUUUCGGACGAGAUCCGGUAUCUGGACAGAUUAGAAUAUCACGAAAGGUAUUGCAAAAAUCGACUUUGAUUUCGAAAACUUUACAUCGCGAUGACGCGGAGAAAAUAUAAAGUUUAUGUAUAAAAUCAAGUAUUAAACUGUGUGUUUAAUGUACAUACAUAUGCAUAUAUAUAUAUAUAUAUAUAUACAUACAUGUACAUACAUACACAUACAUAUACAUG